AUGCCAGUAAAAUCGCAAAGUGUAUGUCGUGGAAGAAGGACAUUGACAUAUGAAACGACACCGGUGAUGUCGACUUAUUUACUUGCUUUUGUCAUCGGAGAAUACGACUAUGUUCAGGGCAAAAGUAAAGAAGGAGUGCAGAUUCGUUGUUAUACCCCGAUCGGAAAACACGACAUGGGCACCUUCUGUGUAGAAAUCUCUGAAAAAUGUUUGACCUACUUCAAUGAAUACUUCGACAUCGAAUAUCCCAUGAAGAAAAUGGAUUUGGUAUCUGUUAAUGAAUUUAAUGCUGGUGCUAUGGAAAAUUGGGGACUCAUAACAUUCAGAGAACGUUUAGUGCUGACAAACAUCAAAGAAUCGAAUAAAUUCGACUUGUUCCGAGUCGUGGCAACAGUCGGUCAUGAAAUUGCCCAUCAAUGGUUUGGAGAUUUAGUCACUAUGGAAUGGUGGACACAUUUUGGCUAA